CUUGUCUACCUCUAGCUUGUCUGCCCCGCUGCCUGCCACCCAAGAGCGAUGUCGUCGCUGAUAACGACCGUCAGAGCCAAGUUUCUGGAGGCGAUCCGCUCCGUGAACCCGCCCGGGAGAUGGAAGAUUCUUGUGGUGGACGAGCACUCACAGCGCCUCCUCGGCUCUGUGCUGAAGCAGUUCGAUAUUUUGGAGGAGAACGUCACGCUCAUCGAAUCUAUCACCUCCCACCGCGAGCCGCAGCCCCAGUUCGAGGCGAUGUACCUCCUCAUGUCGACCUCACAGAACGUGGACCGCGUCAUCCGUGACUUCUCUAACGGGAAUCAGCAAUAUGCCGGCGCGCACCUGUUCUUCAUUGACGGGCUGGCCGAGCAGCUGUUUGAGCGCCUCACCUCCUCGCCCGCCGAGCCGUACUUGAAGGCGUUGCAGGAACUGUAUAUCAACUUCUGGGCAAUCGAGGCGCAGACGUUUACGUUGCGCACCCCCGGAUCGUUCUUUAACAUGUUCAGCCCACCGAGGAGCGAUACGUCUUUCAAGCCUAUGCGUGACCGGCUGGACGAGGAGCUGCGAUUCAUGAGCAAGAUGAUCUCAAACGUUUGCCUAACGUUGAACGAGUACCCUUUCAUUAGGUACUACUCGCCUAACCACCACGCGCCACUUGGUCCCCUCAAACCCCACGCGAGCACCCGACCACCACCCCCGACCGAGCAGAGUAGCCGAUGGCGGACGAACCUCGCGCGUGGAGGGGACGCGCGGGCAUUCGAAAGCGUAGAGGGCGACUAUGUCGCGAAGGUGCUCGCAUUCUUCGUGCAGCAGAACCUGGACGAGUACAAGAAAGCGAACCCGGACUUCCCUAAAGCGUCGGACCCGCCGCGGCCACGAGGGACGCUUAUUAUCACGGACCGCUCGAUGGACGCGACGGCACCGCUGCUGCACGAAUUCACGUACCAGGCGAUGGCGAACGACCUGCUGCCGAUUGAAGAUGGGACAACUUACAGAUACAAGUUCCAAACGGCAGUCGGCGCGUACGAGGACAAGGUCGCGACGCUCUCGGACCUAGAUUCUGUGUGGACGGACCUGCGGCAUAUGCACAUGCGUGAGGCGAUAGACAAGCUCAUGGCAGACUUCAAUCAGUUCCUGCAGGACAACGCGGGCUUCAAGGGAGAGGGGGCGGUGAACUUGAACGACAUGAAAGACAUGCUGGCUAACCUGCCACAAUACCAAGAGCAGCGGGAGAAGUUCUCGUUGCAUUUGAACAUGGCCCAGGAGUGUAUGGCUAUCUUCGAGCGCGACAAGCUGCCGGCAUUGGCGACUGUAGAACAGAAUUGCGCCACGGGCGUUACCGCGGAGGGCAAGGCACCGAAGACGCUCGUUGAAGAAAUGGUCCCAUUGCUGGACAGCCGCGAUGUAAUAAACAUGAACAAGGUCCGCAUCAUUGCGCUGUAUAUUCAACACCGCGAUGGUGUGCCAGACGAGGAUCGUCGGCGGCUGUACCAGCAUGCCCGCCUGUCGAUGGCCGAGCAAGACGCGGUGAAUGCGCUCGUGUAUCUAGGCGUACGGAUCAGCAGGCAAUCGGGCGAUAAGGACACAAAGAAGAAGAUCAGGCAAAAGCCUAGUAACGAAGAGGAAUACGAGCUCUCACGGUACAAACCCGUGCUGCGUACCGUGCUGGAGGAGCAUGUGUCUAGCAGACUCGACCCGACGCUGUUCCCGUACGUGAAGGACUCCCCGGCGGCCGCACCUACACCGAGCAGCAGCCUGCGCUCGAGCCCUGCGAUCCAGCCUGCAGUGUCUUUGCGCAGUCAGAAGCCCAGCUGGCACAAGGCUGCACGCGGCGGCAACACGCAGAACGACAACCGUCAGAGGCUGAUUGUGUUCGUCGCUGGUGGAAUGACGUAUUCCGAGAUGCGCGAGGCGUACGCCCUCUCCAAGUCCCUGAACAAGGAAGUCAUCAUCGGCUCAACGCAUCCGGUGACACCGCAGCAAUUCGUUGACGACCUCAAGGUUUUGGAAAUCGGCGGUGUUGGUUCGAGGGCGCUGCCCAACGGUCUGGGCGAGACGGCGGCACCCGCGCGCUCACCACAGGAGAUAUACGACCAGAAGUUCUUCACGCGCGACGCGCCGCCGCCGCAACGGGCGGCGCCUGUGUCAUCUCCGCAGCCACAGGAGAAGCGAAGCUUCCUGCGGCCGUCACCCGUACCCUCUUUCUCGGGGUCGCAGACAUCCACGACGACGACCGCGAGCUACGGAGAGAAGGAGACGAAAGAGAAGAAGAAACACAGGUUCCUGCGCUUCUGACGCGGCGGGGAGUGUGCCGCGGCACGGACGGUGUAUAUCUUAUUUGUUCGCAUAUCCUCUCGACACUUGUAAUAGCGGCCGGUAUACCAUGGAUAUUAUGAGGACGGAUGUACAGGGCCGUUUCGUGGGGGAACUGCGCGUGCGGGGAAUAGAU